UCACUCACCCCUGCUUCCAAACACCUCGCGGGAUCCCUCCGGCCACCGUCAUGUAUCCCGGAGAGAUAGCCGGAAUCCAAUUCCACUUCCCCACAGCACAGAGCAUCAUCCCAGCCUUCAACUUUGGCAGCCUUUUUGAAUCUUAUUCAAUUAUAGCUCAUCAGACACACGACCAGAGCGGGGAUCAUCAGCCAUCUCCCGCCGACGAGCGGCGGCGGCGGAGGAUGAUAUCGAACCGAGAGUCUGCCAGGAGGUCGAGGAUGCGAAAGCAGAGGCAUCUAGAAGAGCUGGCUGGGCAAGUUGCUCGGCUCCGCGCUGCCAACCGUCAGCUGCUGGAUAAGCUCAAUAAGUUAAUGAGAGAUCAGGAAGAUGCACAGGAUGAGAAGCAGAGACUUAGUGAGGAGAUGAGUGAGCUGCAGAAGAGAUUAACGGCUAUGUUAGAAGAACAUUGUGAUGAGCCCAAUAUAGCCCACAUUAGAACAAUGAUUCUGAGCACAUGUAGUUGAAGAGUUUGUCUUCAUUUUCAAGAUGAAAUAUUACGUGCGGAUAAGAUAUGUGUAGAUAGAUGUGAGUUUGAUGAUAUUCUGUAAUAUUAUGAUGAAGUUAU